GCUAUUAUUAAAGGGUGUAAAUAAUAAAAAAAAAACCUAAAGCAUAAAAUAAUAAUUAAAAAAUAUUCAUUACUUUUCUUCCUAGUAUAAAUAACGACAUGACUUUACAGAUGCCGGCCGUUAACUUCGAUUUAAUUACUAUAAAAUCUAUUAAAGAGGAUAAUGUAAUUAAAAAUGUAUGGAAUCACAACCUUCAUGAAGAGUUCCACGUUAUUAGACAAAUAGUUCAAAAAUACCAAUGGGUAGCUAUGGAUACAGAGUUUCCCGGUGUAGUAGCAAGACCAAUAGGAGAAUUUAGAUCCACUGCUGAUUAUCAAUACCAGCUCCUAAGAUGUAAUGUAGAUCUGCUAAGAAUAAUACAAUUAGGUCUUACUUUUAUGGAUGAAAAUGGAAAAACCCCUCCAGGUUGUACUACAUGGCAAUUUAAUUUUAAAUUUAAUCUACAAUCUCUUGUUAACAGGGAAGACAUGUAUGCUCAAGAUUCAAUAGAUUUGCUUCAAAACUCUGGACUCCAAUUCAGAGAGCAUGAAGAACAUGGAAUUGAACCUAUUGAAUUUGCAGAGCUGUUAAUGUCUUCAGGCAUUGUUCUAAUGGAUAAUAUAAACUGGUUAAGCUUUCAUUCUAGCUAUGAUUUUGGAUAUUUACUUAAACUUCUGACUGAUCAAAAUUUACCACAAGUGGAAAAUGAUUUCUUUGAUAGUUUAAGGCUAUAUUUUCCUACAGUAUAUGAUGUCAAAUAUCUUAUGAAAUUAUGCAAAAAUCUCAAAGGUGGCCUCCAAGAAGUAGCGGACCAGUUGGAACUUAGAAGGGUAGGACCACAGCAUCAAGCUGGCUCUGAUUCUCAUUUGACUGGUAUGGCAUUCUUCAAAAUCAAGGAAAUUUUCUUUGAUGGAAACAUUGAAAGUACCAGUGGGCAUCUGUAUGGCUUAGGAGCACCAUGUUCUCCCAAUGCGAAUAGCAUGCAAGAAUGUAUUGAGAAUGGCAAUUCACCAUAAUUUCUUACUUGUUACAUAAGUUAAACGGCGCCACCAAGUGUUCAAUUUUAUUUAAUAUUGUGUAUAAUAAUAUAAUUGAACACAAAAAACUGUGAUUGAUAGUACCUGAGAGGGCAGGAAAAGUAAGGUUUAUGACAUUAAAAUAAAGUUAUUUAUGUUUAUACUACAUAAAAUUAAACAAAUAUUAUUUCUCAAAUAAUGUUGGAGCACAUGUAAAUGAAAAAAAAAACAAAAUUCAUUGAAUUCAUCAAAAUUUUCAACUUGGCAUGGCGUGCGUCGAUAGAUGUAUAACAUUGUGCAAUAAUAAAAAUAAUGUUUUAUUUAUCAGA